AUGACAGCCACUACUUUUGUUGUUGGUAGUACUGGUAGUUCUAGCAGCACCCCCGUGUGGGAUCCAGUGGAGCAGAUUUACGUGGGUGGCGUAGUACCGGGCGCCAGCAAUGACGACGUGUCGGAAUUGUUGAAUGCAUCAAAAGGCACACUGCGGGUCUUUGGUUAUGGAUCUCUUUGCUGGAAUCCUGGGGCGGGUGCUUUGGGUCACUCCUCUGUGAAACGUUCGGCCGGUCAUGCCAAGGGAUAUCGACGAGUCUGGGCGCAAAAGAGUACCGAUCAUCGCGGUUUUCCAAGUUUUCCAGGGAUUGAAUGUUUGGCCGAAUUGGAUUUUCGAGAAAAGGGAGGCUAUGCCCGGGAAAUUGUGACUGUGGUACAAGACGAUACCGGCGAAGAAGUUCCGGCAUUGCUGUAUCGAGGGACCCCCGAGAAUCCCGCCUUUUGGCCACUGGCACUGCAAGAAAUACCCUUGGCAGCAGCCGUCAUGGCAGUUUCCAUCGGUCCAUCUGGACCCAAUCAUGUCUAUCUCAAUCAACUCGACGCAUUCUUGAAGCAACACACGACCAACACGGCAGCGGACGAUGAUGACACGUGCCGAUUGGCAAAAAUGGUCCAACAAUUGCAACAACACCAGCUCUAUUUCCUAUACGGAUGUGGUUCCAAUCAACAUGGACAAAUACGACAACAUACGACGACAACACAAAAACCUCCGGAUCAAGAUAUUCCGCAACUCUUGGAAAGUGUUCUUUGUACCACCAUCCAAUCAUCAACAACCAACAACAACAAUACUAAAAAGGACAAAUCACCGGUAGUAGAUCCACCCCAACAAUUACUGGCGGGAGGAGGACAUUCCGGGUUGAUCACGGCACGUGGGAAACUAUUCUUGUGGGGUUGGAACGAACAGGGACAAUGUGGCAGCAACACCAAUCAUCAUCAUCAUGACAAUAAUAAAAAGUGCCCACUGCCAGUCAGAGAAUGUCCCGAUAUGCUCGUCAAACACGCUGCGUUGGGAUUUUCGCACACGCUCGCCAUUGAACGGGUGACCCGCAAACUCUACGCAUGGGGAGAUAACACGUAUGGACAAUGCGGUCCUCAAAAGGACAAGCAAUCUGUCAUGGAAAUGCAACCCACAUGCAUCCAUCCCGACGACCGGUUCAUUGCCGUGGCGGCCGGUGUCUUUCAUUCGGCCGCUAUAACCACACAGGGUGCAUUGGUCACGUGGGGAAAUGGCAAACACGGACAAUGUCUUGACAACAACAACAACAAAAACUGGAGUCCACCGGAUGGCAGCAAAUUAGUCCGCGUCGUGUGUGGGAGGCAUCAUACGGCCGUGGUGGAUGAUCGAGGCCGUGUCUGGACACUCGGUGACAACAAAUACGGACAACUUGGGCGGAAUGUCAUCCAAAAUGGAGAGCACGCCAAAUCCAAACCACGAGAUUCCGUCCCGUCACUGGUGGAUGGACCACUGGGUUCCGACCACGAUCAUCGUCAUCGGGUCGUCCAACUCGAAAGCGGUUGGUCUCAUCUCGUGGCACGGGUCCAAGUUGCGGAUGCUAGUACAACAGCAGCGUCCGUCGUCUAUGGUUGGGGUCGCAGUGACAAAGGACAGUUAGGUGUCGCCGCCCCAACGAAUGUCCUUUCGCCGCAUCGACUCGAAACGUCGUCGCAUAUACAACAAGUCGCUUGUGGAUCCGAGUCCACGUACCUGUUGGCAGAGGAUGGGAGCAUUCACAGUUGCGGAUGGAACGAACACGGAAAUCUGGGGAUUGCCUCUACUUCUCCUGCAACGAAUCCAAACAAAAACGACGACGACGACGAGGAGGAGGAGACUGCUCCAGACAACAACAACAAAAACGACGACGAGGAAGAUCAGGUCACACUCAUCACACCCAGGGGCAGUUUCGUGUUUUUCGAGGACGGGAGCAUGAGUGAGCUCGGACAGAAUCAUAAUCUUGCGGAAAAGAAUGCGGAUGACCAAGAAAACGUCACGAGGAUCACGCCCCUGGAGGGAACGGAGCGCAUCGUAUGUCCUCCUACUUACGAGUCGUCGAAGGACAAGAGCCAGCUGUUGAUGGCAGCAGGAGGGGCUCAUUUUCUAGUCAUGAAAACGUAG